AUGUCCCAAAAAAUUGAUUUUAGCAAAUGGCCAAUUUUACCUUACACCGAGAUUAUAAAAUUGAAAGAAGACGUCAAGUCCGACUAUUUAAUAUGGUGUAAACAGGAAUGGGACAAGGCUUAUGCAGAAUUGGAACUGGAACGUGCUGGGGGAGUGGCUGGAGUGGCCAGGACAAAGGCAGAACAACAGACUUUAUGGUUUGACCGUAGGACUUAUAGCUCUUUUAUUCCAUGUUAUACGUCACAUAUUAGGACAAGAAGGUAUUUUUGUGUGGAUGAAAUGUUCGAGUCAAAGAAAGACUCUUAUUAA